AUGAACAAGAAUAUGGCCACCUGGAAACUGGAAAGGCCCCCGCACCGCCGUCGCCUGCUCUUCGCCUGCAGUCCCCCGCCCGCGCCGCAGCCGGUCUCGAAAGCGCUGUUCGGCGCGCCGGCGGCGGAUGGCCUGUCUCCUGUCACCAAUCUGACGGUCACCAUGGACCAGCUGCAGGGACUGGGAAGUGAGUAUGAGCAGCCACUGGAGGUGAGAAAUAACAGCAGUCUACAGAGAAUGGGUUCUUCUGAAUCAACUGAUUCAGGUUUCUGUCUAGAUUCUCCUGGGCCAUUAGACAGUAAAGAAAACCUUGAAAAUCCCAUGAGGAGAAUAAAUUCCCUACCUCUGAAGUUCUUGGGAUGUAGCCCAGCUCUGAAAAGAAGCCAUUCAGAUUCUCUUGACCAUGACAUCUUUCAGCUCAUCGACCAGGAUGAAAACAAGGAAAAUGAAGCCUUUGAGUUUAAGAAGCCAAUAAGACCUGCAUCUCGUGGCUGCCUGCACUCUCAUGGACUUGAGGAGGGUAAAGAUCUCUUCGCACAGAGGCAGAACUCUGCCCCAGCUCGGAUGCUUUCCUCAAAUGAAAAAGAGAGCAAUGAGCCAGGGAAUUUUGUUCCUCUUUUUAUGCCUUCAUCACCUGUGAAAGCUGCUCUGUCUGAUGAAGAUGAUGGCUUCAUGGACCUUCUCGAUGGAGACAAUCUGAAGAAUGAUGAGGAGACCCCAUCAUGCAUGUCAAGCCUCUGGACAGCUCCCCUUGUCAUGAGAAGAACUACAAAUAUUGGCAAUCGGUGCAGGCCAUUUGACUCCCCUUCCCUGUGUAGCUCCAGCACUCGCACUCGGUCAAUGUUGAAGAGAACAGAACGAUCUCGAGAAGAAUCUCCACGUGGUAAUACAAAACGGAGGAAGAGCAUGACUGGAACCAGUUCUGAAGUGGUAGCUAGUCCAGAGAAGACCCAGGAGAUUCUACACCAGUCUUUAUCCUUGGCACCUUCCCCAAAAGGGACCAUUGAAAACAUUUUGGACAAUGACCCAAGGGACCUUAUAGGAGAUUUUUCCAAGGGUUAUCUUUUUCAUACAGUGUCUGGGAAGCAUCAAGAUUUAAAAUACAUUUCUCCGGAAAUUAUGGCCUCUGUUCUAAAUGGCAAGUUUGCCAGCGUCAUUAAGGAAUUUGUUAUCAUUGACUGCCGAUACCCAUAUGAAUAUGAGGGAGGCCACAUCAAGGGUGCAGUGAACUUGCACAUGGAAGAAGAAGUUGAAGACUACUUACUCAAGAAGCCCAUUGUACCUACAGAUGGCAAACGUGUCAUCGUUGUAUUCCAUUGUGAAUUUUCUUCUGAGAGAGGCCCACGAAUGUGCCGAUAUGUGAGAGAGAGAGAUCGGCUUGGUAAUGAAUACCCCAAACUCCACUACCCUGAGCUCUAUGUUCUGAAGGGGGGAUACAAGGAGUUCUUCCUGAAAUGCCAGUCUUACUGUGAGCCCCCCAGCUACCGACCCAUGCACCAUGAGGAUUUUAAAGAAGACUUAAAGAAGUUCCGCACCAAGAGCCGGACCUGGGCAGGAGAAAAGAGUAAACGGGAGAUGUAUAGUCGUCUGAAGAAGCUCUGAAAGUUUUGGCACCAGAAAGCAGCAGCCUGGGCCUCCCUCCCCCUUUCAUCUAUUUGCUGCAAAGAAACUUGAGCAAAGGGGCCAGCUGUGUGAUAUUUGGAGAGAAGGCCUGGGACAUCGUGCCUGAAACCUACCUCCCACACUCCCAGGUUGGAGCCCAGAAGAGGCUGCACCUCUUCUAUCCCUAUGAGAUGUCCUCUUUCCUCAUCAGGACUGUCUGCCAAGGCUGUGCCAUAGUGCAGUCCCAUCUCCUCUUCAAGCUGUUUUCCCUACAAAUGGAUGAAGCAACUGGGGCCUUAUGGGCUUCUCUGAGGGGAUGGGUGGAGGAGGGGAAAGAAGAAGCAACACAAACAGAAAUGCUGCUGGCCAAAUACCAAAGACAGCCUGGGAAGGAAAGAUCUUUAUGGGAUAACCCGUAUCUUAAUUUAUUCAGCUUCAUCAAUUUUUUUUUUUUUUUAAACUCCUGGAGACUUUUAUUUUACUAUUUCAUUAAGUCGAAAUACUGCCAUUCUAGGUAGGGUUUUAUCAUCCCAGGGGACUACCUCAGCUUUUAAUUAAAAAAAAAAAAGGAAGGGAAGGGUAAGAAAAGGUAAACCUAUCGAGUUGUGGGACGACAGAGCUAGGAGCUCAUCACCCCCAGGAGGCACUGCAUACUGGGGCCGCUGCUAUUAAGUCAAGAACUGAGAUACUGGUGGGAGUGGGCACUGGACUCAGGCUUGGCUACAAGAUAUAAGCUAAACCUCCCAGACCUGCCUCUGAGCAUUGUAAUCUAUAUGCAGGGGAGGUGUUUUCCUGCUCUUCCUCACCCCAGUUCCCUGUGAUGUUGACUGGUGUAGGAGUCAGUCCGGAAAGCACUUCAGGCAGCUUCCAUUGGGCCACCCCCAGGCCUGUGUUGGAAGGUCUUAGUGUAGGUAUCCAGGGUAAAGGGUGGGGAUGGGUGGGCUCCAUAGGAUGGGGAAGGGACAUAUCCAUUAAGUGUCCUAUUACUCUGAUACUCUCUGGUAACUUUUAAUUUAAAAAAAUCAUUUUAUGAACCAAGGAGUAUCAAAUCAGUGUUGGAUGGGCCACCCCAGGGAGGGGGCAAGAGCCCCUGGGUGUUGAGAGGAAGGAGUGGUUCCUGGCAUACAGAUAACUGUUUAAAAUGGUUCUCAGGAGGGAGCUUGGUGGAUUUUGAAGGUAAAACUUUCUGGGUUUAUCAUGUUUUAAUUCAAGGGACAGAGAAUGAUGAAUCAUCACCAGUUAGUCCUUAUCUAGCCCCAUGGAAGUGAUGGUCUUCUCAAGAGAAUACCUCCCAUCCAAGGAGCCUUGGGGCUGCCUUAAUUCUACACAGGCCUGUUUUGUUGCCUGUUCAUCCCUAUCCUUCAGCACCAGCCUCCUUACCAUCAUUCCAUUGGGGUAUAGCCAGGAUUCUCUUACAAAAAGAGUCAGUCUCCCCUCUUACCUCUGCUUCCUAUUCUGGGGGUGGGGAGGGAAUCAGUGAUAUUGGAGAUGACUAGUUGCUGUUUCGGGUUUGAGUUGCAUUUGGAUAUAAAACAAUCUUGUUGGAAAAUAUGUGGGGAGGAGGGGAAUGGGAGAAGGCCUCUUCCCUUACAUGUCAAGAUACAUCCCAGUUGGUCUCUGAUCUUGUUUGUAGGUAUUCUGUUGGUUGAAUGCCUUAAGCGGGGGAUGGCUUUCAGAUUGUACCAGCUUACCUAGUAUUGUUAACCAACUGGUGCAGGCUCUGAAAAUAAAGUGAUCUUGAACCCUUA